UUGCUGUUUUCUUGAUUUUUUUACUGGUAUCUUUGUCUAAAUUACAGCUGUGGCGUCAACUUGUUGCUGCCCCUGUAGUCUAUUUGUCGUUUUCUGAUUUGUGGGAAAUUGAUUUUUUAAAGUUUAAUUUUCUAUCGUUACUGAUUACUUUAUGGUAUGGUAUCGAGUUUGGGAAGAUAACAUCCUUUUGAAUUUUGGUGAUAAUAACAAGUUUCUAUGGAAAUUUGAAUUUUUGGCACAUUGCUUCCUGCGUCUCGCUUUCGCGUAUAGUGUAUUACAGCAUACGUAUCGAUAAGUGCGCAGUAGAAAUGCGCGUCAGUUCAUUCACAUCUCGAGUCGAUAUUUUCUGUUAGAGUAUAGGCGAAUGAAUUUUGUAUUUCCACCGUUUUCAGUUUUCACGUUAGCUCAGUAGUGUUUAUAUUGUGUGUCUUUCGCCGGACGAUUAGUCUCUUAUUUUCCGGUAGAAGACAUUACUAAUCAUGGCGUUUGCGGGGUUGAAGAAACAGAUAAACAAAGCUAAUCAGUAUGUCACGGAAAAAAUGGGAGGAGCGGAAGGUACGAAACUGGAUUUGGAUUUUAUGGAUAUGGAAAGGAAAACAGACGUCACGGUAGAACUUGUAGAAGAACUGCAGGUUAAAACAAAAGAGUUCCUACAGCCUAACCCUACAGCACGAGCCAAGAUGGCUGCAGUUAAAGGUAUAAGUAAACUUAGCGGUCAAGCAAAAUCUAAUACUUAUCCCCAACCAGAGGGGGUACUAGGAGACUGUAUGCUAACCUAUGGUAAGAAAUUAGGAGACGAUAGUCCUUUUGGACUAGCCUUAAUCGAAAUGGGUGAGGCCCUGAAGCAAAUGGCGGAUGUUAAAUACUCACUCGACGAUAAUAUUAAACAAAACUUUUUGGAACCUCUACACCAUCUACAGACUAAAGACUUGAAAGAAGUAAUGCACCAUCGGAAAAAAUUACAAGGUAGACGACUUGACUUUGAUUGCAAAAGGAGGCGGCAAGCUAAAGCAUCUAAAGGGUCACUAAGCCCAUAUUCCAGUCCUAUAAAAACGCAGGGAGCAUCUCAUGGAUCAAAUAUUCCAGAUGAUGAAAUCAGAAUGGCUGAAGAGAAGUUCGCCGAAUCCCUUCAACUUGCUCAAAUGGGAAUGUUCAAUUUACUAGAAAAUGAUGUUGAGCAAAUUUCACAAUUAGCAACGUUCGCUGAAGGUUUGUUAGAUUACCAUAGCCAGUGUACAGAAAUUUUGAAGCAUCUAACUGAAACCUUAUCGGAAAAGACAGAUGAAGCUGCUAAUCGUCCAAAGGUCGAGUUUGUUCCGAAAACUCUUCACGACCUUCAUAUAGAAACUGUACAGGACGGAUUAAAUGGUACAAAUAAUCACAAUAAUUUAUUUAAUCACAGUAGUAAUCAUCACAGUAAUUCAAAUUUUUUAAGCACCGGCGGUAGUGGGCAUAUAUUCAAGAGGCCCGCACCAAAAACAGUUCCUAUCAAAACAACAAAUUACAAUAAUCACCCGACUCAACCACUACCUGAUCCUUUUGACCCUUGGAGUUACCCUCAAGGCUCUUCUCAAGUGUCUUCACCUCAACAUAAACCAUACCAACUUGAAUUGCAUCCAGGACAACAGUCUGCUAAUGCAUCACCGUUACCGUCCCCAAUGAAGUCUCCUGCCAGGACUCCUAUGAAUAGGCAACCAUGUUGUACAGCUCUGUACGAUUUUGAUCCCGAAAACCCUGGAGAACUUGGAUUCAAGGAAAAUGAAGUGAUAAUGCUUCUGAAUAAAAUCGAUGAAAAUUGGUUCGAGGGUAGUGUUAAUGGUCGUACAGGAUAUUUUCCAGUAAAUUAUGUAAGAGUGGAUGUACCAUUACCAUGAACCACUGGUUAAGUGAAGAAUCAGGAACAGCCCUUUAUAAUUUAUUUAGAUCUUUCGUGCACGUUACUUCUGUUUACUUGCCGUUUGUAAAAAUACUUUGUUUAUAGAUAAAUUCAACUGCACUUCAAGAAGUGAGAUUAAGCCAUAUAUAGCUUAUUAUGUGAUAGUGAUUAAACAGCAUUUAAUUUAGUUAGAUAGAACAAAAUGUACUGAAUUUUUAAUAUGUUCAGAAUCUUCCUGAUAUUGAAGUUUCUUUCCAAUUUUGUACAUAUAGUAUAUAAACGUACUCGAGGAAGUUUUAAUUAAUUUUAAAGAUCUUUUAAAUGGAUUGAAUGUAAGUGUGUUUGCGUGCAGUUGAAAAUUGUGUCAUUUAUUGAAAAUAAAAAAAAAUACCAAGUGAUCCACUACAUUUUCCCUUGUGAAAAGUUGAAAACGUUUUAAUCUCAUAUUUAGAAUGUACAUACUCUUCGAAAAUAAUGUCUUGCUUUUUUAUCAAAUAAUAGGACAUUUCGGAAACUAAAUCGGAUCACAUUCAGUGUUGUUUUCGGAAACUGAUCCAGUUAAUCGGGUCAUAGUUAUAAAAUAUGAUCUUUUCUGCCCUGGUAGACCAGUGAGUAAAUGCGAUCCGCUGACGGGUCAUUCUAUUCGUCUUAUGGUUUGUUGAACUUGCAAAAUUAUUUAUUGCACUCAAAUGGCUGUCUACUAUUCUCAUGAGGAGCGUAAUUGAUAGGUUACCGAGGUUUGCGGCUUUUUUACUUUUAGUAAUUUCAACAUAAAAAUAGUUUAUUUGUAUCAAAAUUUAGUGUACAAUCCUUGUUAGUGGGUAAAUCGUUGGUAACUAUUAGGUAACAAUGAUUAGAAAUUUGGAAUCUAAUAUAUAAUUUAAUAAAUAAAUUAAUUAAUAAAGUAAUAAUAAUCAUAGGUUUUGGUAGAUCAAGUUUAAAAUUUGAAAUGUCUGCUGGAAAUUGAACGUGUCAAUUGGAAAUUCAUAAAAAUCUUGUUCUUGGCUAAGAUCCGUGAUCAGUUGAUCCAAUUAAUUCAGGGUCAUCAGUUGCCGAAAAGCCUUAAUAAGUACUAUAAGAAGGCCCGGUUUCUUCAACGUGAAGAAACUGGCAAAAGUUUUUUAGUCAGUCCUGGUUAAAUAUUAAAUUCUCAAGGAACCCGAAUCGAUUGAGCAAAUUUAGUUACAGAUUUUUAAAGAGUAUUAAAAUUAAGUUUGGCACCUUUGUUUGUAAAAUCGGGAAUCUAUUAUUUGAGAGUUUGGAGAUCUUUAGAAACCAAUUUGAAAAAUUAGCUGUAGAAGGAAUUAAGUGAACAAUACAUAGGGAUAAUCUCACUUUUUUGUUCUUUGAAACUAUAAAUCAGCUGGAUUUAUUUUUAAAAAUGAGCACUUGAUAUUAUAGAAAAUGAUGAUGGGUCACUAGGUACUGCGAUGAAGGAAUAAUGCGAUCAACAUUAAUUUUAGUUGUAAAUAUUGAGUAAAUUUAGUUUAGUUAUUUUACUUAGUCGUUAUGCAACCUUUGUUUUUCUAUCGAUUAAUUCUGACUUGUUACUCAAAUAUACAAAAUUUUCAAAUUAUAUACCGAGAAAGGAAAAUACUACUUAUAAUGGAUUGUAUUCGUAUGGCACUGGCAGCCUUAUUCUUCUGAGUUGUGGAACGUUUGAAGACAAUUCUAUAUCCAUUUGCUGUUUUAUCAAAGACUUACAUGUCUCAACCUUUUACAACUUGCCAAAAAAGUUAUUUGCAUGGAAAAUUUAAUGUUUAAAAUAUAAAGUAACCCUGUUUUGUUGAUGUUUUCAAAUGUAGAUGCUAGUUUUUCUGCUGACACUUUAUAUAUUCCUAUGGAAACGACGCAUACACUUUUCUCUCACACUAAAAUUGCCACAAUGAAGCUCUUACGAUACAAUAUUAACACCACUAAAAUCUUGAAAUGUUACAAAUAUUAUUUAUAUAUAUUUGAAGAAGCUCUAAAUUUUUGAUAAUGUUUUCAUAAAACAGUUGCUAUUGGAAUAAUAUUUUAUAAAAAUGUAGUAGGACUUUUACUCCUACUGUACUAAAUAAAAAUCAUAUUUCUAAAAUUCAACGAUAACUCAUACACUCUUCAGUGACUGAAUCAAAAAAAUUGUUAUUGUAGAUUAGAACCUUAGAUAAAAUAAAUUCUGUACCAAUCCAAAUAAAUAGUAUGAACAAGGGGUUAAUUUAAAUUGAAAUACCUAAUUAUAAAAAAAUAAAACCAAACUCUAUUACAAAAUUUUUCAUAAAGUUUUACCAAUAAUAAAAAAUUUGUAAUUCCAGAUCUGCAAAAGGUUGAUGAUUUCAAAAUAUAUUGUUACAAACUGGUAUAAUAUACAAAUUUAUAUAAUUUCAUAUUAAUGUAUAGAGUUUCAGCUGAAAUAUGGAAAAUUGUUUAAUCUCGUCAUUCGACAUGCUAUAGAUGUAUCAUAAUUGUGUGAAAUUAAUACAUACCAGAUAUUUGCCGGUUUUCGUUGUGUUUUAUAUUACCUUUCAAACACAUCCAAAAAAAUGUAUUUAAAACAUUCCAGUGGUUCUCUAUUCAAAUCAUAAUUUACUCAUAGGGAUGGACACUGAAAUGAAGGUAACAAAGAUGAAAAGUGAUAAAAUACCUGCAUCUCAAAUAUUUUUGCUGAAAAUUUUAAAAUACUUAUUAUCAAUGAGCAGAUGUUCAUCCCUUCUUGUUAUGAUAACCGCAAAUGAGAAAUUUUUUCAAUUUCAUUUUCAUAAUUAUUCUAUUAGAUACAAGAAAAUUCAUAUUUAUUUUAAUGAAAGAUAUCACUGCAUCUUUGUCGAUAUUGCUUCUGUGAGAUAAUCAAGUAAGUAUAAUAUAUGCAGUUCAUGGUUUUAAUUAGUUUCCUCAGGAUAUUUGUAAGGCUUCCACAAUAUGUAUCCUUCCAAACAAGUCUUCCUUUUCCAAAAAUGUUACUCCUGAUUUUUUAAUCAUAUUGUACUAUUAAUGAAAAUAUAAAAUUGGAAUUAUUACCCGAGCCUGCAAUAUACAUUUUUGUUGAUUUUGUAUUACUACUUUCUAGUUUGAAUCAUUAUAUUAACUGUGUUUACUCAUUACAAAAUUUUUAGAAUAUCAGUUUAAUGUCAUAAUUAACAUUUUACCAGAAUUUUAAUAGUUUUCAGUUUUUUUCUAGUAUGUUAUUUGAUUCUAAAUAGUGUUGUUUCAUAAUAGCAAUUUUGAACCUUGGUAUUGAGUUCGAGCGCUACAGCCUUACAUGGGAGCCUCGAACGCCAUCCUUUCUGGUCUUUGCAAAGACCAUCCAGUUUACUGCACCGAUCUUUGUAGCAUCUUGAGAGACCCAGUGUCUCCAUCCUAGCCUUGAUCUCCCUCUGCCUGUAGUGCCCGUUGGUAUGAACUUAAGUUCUUUUUUGUGGGCACGCUGUUGUCGAUGUAAAUUCAAUUAUAUUUACACCACUAAUUUUGAUUCACGUUAAUCUGCAUUUUCUUACAAUAGAGGGUUAUCAUAGCACUAUAUUUCCUAUAUGAAAAGAAGCCAGUAUUUUUAAAAUUUGUUUCCAUCAAUAUCAACAUUUUUGACAUCAGAAACUUUUUUUAGUUUAGAAGUUUACUGUGUUGAAUUUUUAAUUGACAUCAAAUAUUCAGGUGCAGUAAAAGCAAAGUUAUUAUUUAAUUGAUUGCAUUUAACUUUAAUUUUAUUCGUAAUAUUGACAGAUAUGCAGGAUGAUGAGUUUAGCCUGUAAUAUAAAAAGGAGCAAUAUAUAUUCAUAUCAAUAUAACCCUAACUAUUUUUAUUCAUAGUCUAUGAAGUAUAUAUUUACUCUCUAUUUCGAUAUUAGUUUUUAUUACUCUUUCUCAGACUAUAAUAAAGUUGCAAUAUAAAAAUUUUAUGAAUUGUUAAAAUAUAUGUAUAAAAGUAUGUAAUAUAAUUGUAAAUAAAAAAAUGCUUAAUUUUGCAUAUGUUUUUAAGACCGUUAAUUUUACUAAAAUUUAUUAGUAGAAAAAAUUAAACUCUCCUUUGGACAGUGUUGUAUAAUAUAAAACACACUUAACCUCGUUGAAAAUGUACUUAUUUAUAUCUGGUUCAUGACAAUACUUUAGAUAUAAAAUUAUAUUAAGAAAACAUUUAAUAAUAAUGUAUAAGUCGUAUGUAAUAUAAUGUUUUCAUUGUAUCCAUAUUAGUGAAAAAUAUGUUAACAGAACAGAAUAUUUUAAUGGUCUUUUACAAUGAAUUACAUAUUAUUACCAAACUGAAACUUUGGACUGCCUGGUAUAUCUGUAAAAUUUAUAAAUUUAAAAGGUUAUAACAAUUAUCUAGCAGUCAAUCACUAUGAAGAGUGUAAAAAACAUAUUUGAUGUUUUACACUUUAAAAAUAUUUAAUAUUCUCUUGAUAUAUCAUUUUAGUAGUUUUAGAAGUAAUAAUUUAUUUCUUUAUCGUAUUUUCUUGCAUUAAAAUAAUCUGUACCAGCUUACCUUUUGAUGUCUUUAUGUCUUUUUAAUUUAAAGCGUUGUUCACGGUCGGAGCGACAAUUUUACGUUUAAAUUUUAUUUUUAUUACAUCUCCAGAAUUUAAAAUUUUAUUGAGCCAUGUUUUUGUAGCAAGUUACCAUUUAUAAUAAUGUUAAUAUAAAUGUAUACAAUUUAAAUGUUACCUACUGUAUUUGUGCAUUAAUAAAAAAUGUGUCACAUUUA